ACCAGUCACAGGAUGAUGGGAAGUAAAGAGAAAAAACACUGACAGCGUUUCUGCCAUUCAGAACAGCAGCUGCGGCUUCAGGGAGAUUUCUUAACUCUACAAUUAUGAGUGAAUCACUGGUCGUGUGCGAUGUGGAUGAAGAGCUGGUGAAGAAGCUGAAGGAGUUUCGCUUCCGGAAGGAAACCAACAAUGCGGCCAUCAUUAUGAAGAUUGAUAAAGACAAGCAGCUCGUUAUUCUCGAAGAAGAGCAUGAGGAUAUUUCACCUGAUGAGCUAAAGGAUGAACUGCCAGAGAGACAACCCAGGUUCAUCGUCUACAGUUAUAAAUAUGAACACGAUGAUGGACGUGUGUCCUACCCGCUCUGCUUCAUCUUCUCCAGUCCAGUGGGUUGUAAACCGGAGCAACAGAUGAUGUACGCAGGAAGCAAAAACAAGCUGGUGCAAACGGUUCAACUGACCAAGGCGUUUGAGAUCAGGAACACAGAGGACCUAACGGAAGAUUGGCUUAAAGAGAAACUUGGAUUCUUUCGCUAAGUAAGGUCUUCUCAUCCGAAGGCUUGGGAUGCGAGGGGGAUUCCAAUCGCACAACCAUGCUCCAUCUUUCAAGAAGAACACACUACAGAUGUUACCUUCCUCUCUCGGCAGACCUGAUUUUCAAAUAGCUUU